AAAUUAUUUUGUAGAAUGUCCCUCUUUUUUUGGUUUAUCUGAUGUUUAUGAUUAGGUUCAGGCUCUGCAUUAGCAGCGGGGAUGCUACAGAAGUAAGUGGUAAGGCACCUUCUCAGUGCAUCAUGGGAAGUACGUGUCCGUUUGUGGGUUUGUCCCAAUUGCUGGUUUCAACUUUGUUUUCUUCGGUAAGGUAUCUUCCAGUUAAUAUUUUGAGACCAUGUGACUAUCUUAUUUCUUCCCAAACUUUCACCAUUUUUUUUAGCAUCCAUUGAUGAUUAUCUAACUAUCUUUCAUUCUACAUUUUUUGGUUUGCCUUCUGCUGUAGGGGAAACUUUCUCUUCUCACCUGUUUAUUUCUUGUACAUUCCUUUAUUUAUAACAAUACGUUUACAACUCAGAUGCUUGUCUUUUUUAUUUAACUUAGGUGUGGACUGUCAACCUAUUGUUGUUGCAAAAUCUUGGGUUUGAUUAGUUUUCUUUACCUCAAUGCCUACCUGUCAAAAGUGCACUUCCUGCUUAGAAAGAAACUUCACUUAUUUUUAUACCUUUUUAUAAAAAGUUGGCCAUGUCAAUUUAGAUAUUAUUGUUGAGGUAACAAAUUAUCAGGAAGACAGCCAGAGAUUUUGAGCAGUCCCUGACUCAUGACGUGAUAGAGCAACAACCUGUGAACUCCACAUAUUCUAACAAUGUUCUCUUGGUAGAAAUCACAUUUAUAGGGAUAAUUUCAAACUAUAGAAUAUCAUUCUGCAGUUGGAAAGAAAUAGGAAGCUGAGAGUGCUCCGAUAGCUUCCUGCCUUACAGCAAUCCCAUGAGGUGGAUACCCUUGUUCUCCCCACUUGCAGAUGGCAGAACUGAGGCAAAGCGAUGUGAACCAUCUUCCCAAGAUGACACUGCUGCUGAAUAGCCUCGCCAGGACUUCGGCCCAUGCAUAUUGACUCCAAAGCCUUCUCUUAUUGCUGUUGUCUCAAUUUAUACCCUGCCCAGAAUAAGAAUUACUACUGCAGAAGCUACAGGCACACUGGGAUGAGGCCAUUCCUGUGGUUGGGCAGUCUAUCUUUCUAGGAUUCUGUUUCCCCAGAAGGAAAGAGAAUAUGAACGUGUUCAAGGAGGCAGUGACGUUCAAGGACGUGGCCGUGGCCUUCACAGAGGAGGAGCUGGGACUGCUGGACUCUGCCCAGAGGAAGCUGUACCAGGAUGUCAUGUUAGAAAACUUCAGGAACCUGGUCUCAGUGGGACAUCAGCCCUUUAAACGAGAUAAAUGGCACAUAGAAAGAGAAGAGAGGCCCUGGUUGAUGAAGACAGCAACCCCGAUAGAGAGAAAUGUAGGAGGGAGCAAUCAAAGUGAGCUGAGGACCGUUCAAGACAGAGGACCACAUGAAGAGCUUUCCUGCUGGCAAAUCUGGCAACACAUUGCAAAUGACCUAUCCAGAUGUCAAAACUCCAUGAUAAAUAGUUCUCAGCUUCACAAACAAGGUGAUUCCCCCUGCCAGCUUGGGGCAGGAUUCUCUAUUCAAAUUUCUGAAGAUGAGAACUGUAUACUGAAUUGUAAAGUGGAUGGUCCUAAUGGUACUGAAAACUCAGACUUUCCACUUUUGAGAGCCCAGGACUCAUGGAGGAAAACUUCUUUGACUGAGUCACAGAGUUAUCUGAAUAGAAACCAACAAAUUUCCAAGAAAAAUAAGCUGUGUCAGUGUAAACAGGAUGUUGAUGUCAUCAGUUGGAUUUCACAUCACCUAGAUCAUGGAAUACACAGAAGUGACCAAUCUUACAGUGACGAUGAUUGUGAGAAAGACAGCAUGAAGAUUUCAACAUUGGACCAGGAUAGUAUGACUCACACAGGACAAAAACCUUACCAGUGUAAUGAAUGUGAAAAAUCCUUCAGUGAUCUCUCUACCUUUGAUCUUCAUCAGCAAUUACACUCAAAAGCAAAGUUGCAUACAUGUAGUGAAUGUGGGAAAGGCUUCCGUUAUAGCUCAGUUCUUCGUAUUCAUCAGAGAGUUCACGUGGGAGAGAAAGGCUAUAAGUGUGGUGAGUGUGGUAAGGAAUUCGGUCAGAGCUCACUUCUGCAAACCCAUCAGAAAGUCCACACUGUAGAGAAGCCAUUUAAAUGCGAGGAGUGUGGGAAAGGCUUUGGUCGUAGAUCAGCACUUACUGUUCAUUGCAAAGUCCACACAGGAGAGAAACCUUAUCAUUGUGAGGAAUGUGGGAGGGCCUUCAGUCAGGCCUCUCAUCUCCAGGACCAUCAGAGAGUCCACACUGGGGAGAAACCAUUCAGAUGUGAUGCAUGUGGUAAAAGCUUCAGUCGGAAUUCACAUCUUCAGUCCCAUCAGAGAGUCCACACGGGAGAGAAACCAUACAAAUGUGAGGAGUGUGGGAAGGGCUUCAUUUGUAGCUCAAAUCUAUACAUUCAUCAGAGGGUCCACACAGGAGAAAAACCCUACAAAUGUGAGGAAUGUGGUAAAGGCUUUAGUCGGCCUUCAAGUCUUCAGGCCCAUCAGGGUGUUCACACUGGAGAGAAAUCCUACAUAUGUAAUGUGUGUGGUAAAGGCUUUACUCUGAGUUCAAAUCUUCAAGCACAUCAGAGAGUCCACACAGGAGAGAAGCCAUACAAAUGCGAUGAGUGUGGGAAGAGCUUCAGGAGGAACUCCCAUUAUCAAGUUCAUCUGGUAGUCCACACAGGGGAGAAACCCUAUAAAUGUGAGGUAUGUGGAAAGGGCUUCAGUCAGAGUUCAUAUCUUCAAAUCCAUCUGAAGGCACACAGCGUAGAGAAACCUUACAAGUGUGAGGAGUGCGGGCAGGGCUUCAAUCAGAGUUCCCGACUUCAGAUUCACCAGCUGAUCCAUACUGGCGAGAAACCGUACAAAUGUGAAGAGUGUGGGAAGGGAUUCAGUCGUAGAGCAGAUCUCAAAAUUCAUUGCAGAAUCCACACAGGAGAGAAACCAUAUAAUUGUGAGGAGUGUGGGAAAGUAUUCAGGCAGGCCUCAAAUCUUCUGGCCCAUCAGAGAGUCCAUAGUGGAGAGAAACCAUUCAAAUGUGAGGAGUGUGGGAAGAGUUUUGGUCGCAGUUCACAUCUUCAAGCCCAUCAGAAAGUCCACACCGGAGAAAAGCCAUACAAAUGUGAGGAGUGUGGGAAGGGCUUCAAAUGGAGCUUGAAUCUUGACAUGCAUCAGAGGGUCCACACAGGAGAGAAACCCUACAAGUGUGGGGAGUGUGGUAAACACUUCAGUCAGGCCUCAAGUCUUCAGCUUCAUCAGAGUGUGCACACUGGAGAGAAACCUUACAAAUGUGAUGUGUGUGGUAAGGUCUUCAGUCGCUCUUCACAGCUACAGUCUCAUCAGAGAGUUCACACAGGGGAGAAACCUUACAAGUGUGAGACGUGUGGUAAGAGCUUCAGCUGGCGAUCAAAUCUUACCAUUCAUCACAGAAUCCAUGCUGGUGAUAAAUCCUAUAAAAGUAAUAGGAGUGGGAAGAACAUCAGAGAGUCCACCCAGGAAAAUAGUUGUAUAAAAUGAUUUUUAAAAGAAAACCCAGGUGUCAUGUGAAUUCUUCCAAUCCUGAAGUUCAAAAGAAAAAAUCAUUUAUUUCAUGAAAGUCAAUGUUUGAGCCACAGCUUAACCUAUCCCAGUAGUCAGGAGGCCACACAGCAGAGAACACUUGUAAGUGGCAUAGUAAGGUACAGUUUGAACUUUGACCUUUAUUAAAUACUACUCAGGGGAGAGGCUUUGGAAAGGAUGAGUUUUAUCAGGCCUUGUAUAAAAGUAUAAUGGACACACUAAAAUUAAUGCCCAUUAGAAUGUAAGCUCCAUAAAUGCAGAGACUUGUUCUGGUUCUACAUGGUCUUAACAUUGCCAGGUACUUGGGAGGUGCUCAAUAUUUGUUAAAUUAAUAAAUGGAGGAAAUGUAUAUUUGAAAAUUGUGUUGAGAUCACCUCCAGAAUUUCAUAAAAAUUUGUAUUCAGAACAGGUAACCUAAAUGUGGCCUUCAUAAAAUUAAUUCAGGGAGACAGAGUUGAAAUGCAAGAAAACUACUCAGUACUGCAAUCUGUCCUAGUAAUUGGGCUUUGCCUUGUUGUGAUGAGCUCCUGUCUUUCCCAGCCUCUUAUCAAGUUGGGUCUUAUCAUCUUGGACUUUGAAUUUACACUGCAUAAAAUCAGUGGAUAGUUAUCUUUUGUGACAGCAUAGACUGAAAAUUGAUUGCUAAUCCUACAAUAAGCCAUUACACUGUUUAUUUCUAUUCUCAAGAAUGUCAAGGCAGGGGUUUACGUGUCAAAGUUAUACUAAUGACAAACAUUUCUUAGUAAAUGUUGAAUUGAUCA